CUAAGGGCUUGUAUCAUUUCAGUAAUGUUUGGACCAAGGCCCUUUAGCGUCAGACUCUGAGGCAGCCAGGAGGAAGGUCUGCCUUGCUAACCACUGGAGCAGGCGGCCUUCUCCUAGAGUUCUAAGCUCCAAAUUUCUAAGUUCUGGGUCAUUGGCUUAGCUCACGGUUCCAGGUGGGUCUGUACUUAGCUCCUUGAAGUAGUACUAUAACGGUGCGCCUGUAUCAGUCUAAGACUUUUGAAAAUGCACCUCUCAUCUCUUCUUGUUUCUCGAACUGCCUUGGAAGCAGGCAAGGCUGUCGGGUUAGCCAUAUGAAACCAACUGUAUUCAACUGUGUUUUUUUUUUUUUUUUAAUUUUUUUAACCUGUAAAAACAGCCAUUCCACAUGGUUCAAACUAAUAUGAUGCCAAUUUACAGAAGAGAAUGUUGAGGCUUGGGGGGGGCAAAUUGCAUUUCUUGUCGUCACACAUGGCCAGUCUUCCACUGUCUGAUCCAGUGAAGUCUCAUCCAAGUCUUCCGUUGACCCGAGGAACCCAGCUAGGCCAAGGUUGGAGAGUAGCACUUCUGUAGUGUGUUUUCUGUGACGCUGGAUCACUACCCUCCACUUCUGUCCACUCUUUCCUGGGUGUGGGGUCUCCUUCUGUACCCAGCUGUCAGUGCCUAAAAGAGAGAGAUGAGGGAGAGGAGGGGAGGGAGGGGAGGAGAGCUUCGUGAGUUGGCAGUGAAUCAGGGUCUAAAAAGAGAGCUGGGAGGGCUGUGGUAGCAGGUGUUUCUAAAAGGAACGUGAACAUAGGAUGAACAGCCUCAGAGGCAGCCCCCACACUCCCCCCCCCCACUGCCCCACUGAUCUGGCAGGCAGUGCCCACUGCAUUUUGUGCCAGGGGGCUCCCAUCCAAGGAAUGAGCUUGCAUGAAACUAUAGAAUGAUAGCCAGAGGAAGAGCCUGACAGUUGACUUGGUCCAAUCUCUUAAUUAGAAAUUGGGGAAUCUGAAAGAGAGGAGACCUACUCAAGGUCACUCGGUGAACCUGUGGAUUCCUAGGCUAGUGUUCCCCCAGGUUAUUUCCUAACCCUCACAUUCUAUCCUGGAACUCCCCGCCCCCUUAAGAGCUGAGUGUGGCUGUGGGUAGAGGAAAGGAAGACUCAAUAUGUCUAAGGCUGUCAAUCCGUCAACCUGGGACUCUUCUCAGAACAGAGGAGCCUACAGGUAUUCCUGGGGAUGGGGAUGCCUGGCAGACCCGCCAUAGAGGAAGGCCAUGGCCUUGUCUUACCUCCCCCUGGCUAGGGGUUGGCACCGCUCUAGGCCCAACUUCAGACUUCCUUCUUUCAGUGCCUGCUUUCAGCAUCUGCUUGGCGUAUAACAUCUCUUCCAGCUGAUGUUGGCGCCUCAGCAGGCUGGGCCCAUUUUUCUUUACCCCACACAGUUUCUGAUGCAUUUGGCCUCUAGCUGGGCUGACUUUUUUUUUUUUUUUUUUUUUUGUUGUUGUUAACCUUAUUGGGUUUCUGAUGGGUAGAGAAACUUCUGAGUUUUGUCUGAUUUAGAAAAAUAUACAGCUACCCGAACCCUUUCUGACCGAGGCUUCUAGGAGUUUAGACCAAAUGGUAAACAUAUUUGCCCUCGUUUUCAUGGUGAGGGGACUGCCUUUCAACAAGGGGCUCUCUGUUUGGUUUGGUUUUAGGUGGCUGAAAUGAAGGGGGGGGAGGGGUAUAACCACGAAGCUUUACUUGAGACAAGCUUCCAAAGACUUUCCCGGUGCCUUCCCAUCCCCGUGGUCAAGAAGCCUUCCCAGAUUCUGAUUUCAGUCCCACUUGGGGGAGUCAAAAGCUUUGUUUCGCAGUGGGGGGUUGGAAGAACAUCUGUGUACCCUCCACUCUGCUAGCAUCAUGUCUCAAUUCCCUCUUUAUCCACCCCCCCUCCCUUCAGUCUGAAGGCUGCUGGCUCAGCGGGGGCCUCCUGCCGUCUGGGGAGUCUGGGUUUGAGCUGGGGUGAGGCGGUGGCACCAUCGUUAUGGUAACGAGCUGCCAGCUCAUCGUUGCUAAUAACUCGUCGGGCCCCUGGGCUCAGUGCAGCAUCCGUUCCCUGCAGCCCUUCUUCCCAUGUUACAGACAGAAAAAGUGAGGCUUAUGAAGCAGGAACCUUGGUAGAGGAGAGUCUGAGGUUGGGUGGCCUUUUCCUAGAGUCCCUGGCUGGGGAACCGUGGGGAAAGAGGUGAGGCUGCUUGGAGAGGAGUUCUAGAUGUGGUUGCUCAGGCUUGAUUUCUUGGGUGGUUAAUGUGUGACUAGACUCAUGCUUGCGUAAACUUGUACAUGCUAGCUGACAUGUCCAUGUGCAUAUAUAUAGCAGCCCACAGGCAAGCAUGUUCCAAGCGUCAGAGCACACUUGUGUAUGAAUACUGCUUCUCCCAUCUGCACAUAAGGCACCCAAGAAAUCUGGGUUUGUGGGGGUGUCCAGGUAUGUGGGUGGGGAUCUGAUCUUUUUCUGAUGCAGCUUCAAAGUAUCUUCUUAACAAAGGGACAGAAUGGUCCCAGGGUUCUUCUUCCUUCCAGUCCAGAGCUCAGAACGGGAGUGGGCUGGGGGUGGUAGGGGGGGACCCAAGCCCUCAGCUCUAGAAGGCUUCUGCCUCUGUGCCCUUUGAGCUCAGGUAGCCCCCCCCCACUCCCUCUUCUUUUCCAUCCUCUCCUCUUCCUGUGUGUAAAUAUUAAAGAGCUGAGCCCGCAGGGCUGAUGUAGACAUGGGGAGAGAAUGAAAUUAAAAAGGAUUCCCUCACCCCCAUCCCAACACCUCCGCCCCACAGUCCCCCGCUCCAGCUUCUUCCCCUCACUCAGUGCUUCCACAUACCUCUCCUCCCCCCAGUCCAGAUGGGAGCUGGCUCCUGCAGAAAGGGGGUUCAGAACAGGGUGUGGGGAGCCACCUCUCUCUGCCUCCUCCCAGCACAUCUGCCUACAGGGCCGAGAGCCCCCACGAGCCAGUGGUCCUGCGCCUGCUGAAGUUAGGAUUCUGCCUGGUGGUGGGGAUCCUGACGGCGAGGAUGGGACACCCCGGAUGGAGGUUCCUGGGGCCUGGCCCCCAACAAUAUGAAGAGCCUUUGCUGAGGCCAUGAGGGGUUACCAUGGCGACCGAGGCAGCCAUCCCCGCCCAGCCCGCUUUGCUGACCAGCAGCAUAUGGACGUGGGCCCAGCUUCCAGGGCCCCGUACCUGCUGGGCUCCAGGGAGGCCUUCUCCACCGAGCCCCGCUUCUGUGCCCCAAGAGCUGGCCUGGGACACCUUUCUCCAGAAGGGCCCCUGAGCCUGAGUGAGGGCCCAUCAUCAGUAGGCCCUGAGGGAGGCCCAGGGGGGGUGGGGGCUGGGGGAGGCAGCAGUACCUUCCCCAGGAUGUACCCCGGCCAGGGCCCCUUCGACACCUGCGAAGACUGUGUGGGCCACCCACAGGGCAAGGGUGCCACCCGCCUGCCUCCCACGCUCCUGGAUCAGUUUGAAAAGCAGUUGCCCGUUCAGCAAGAUGGCUUCCACACACUCCCAUACCAGCGAGGUCCAGCAGGGCCUGGGCCUGGACCUGGAUCUGGCCCGGCCCCUGAGGCUCGCAGCGAGAGUCCUAGCCGCAUCCGGCACCUGGUUCACUCUGUGCAGAAGCUCUUUGCCAAGUCCCACUCUCUGGAGGCACCUGGGAAGCGAGACUACAAUGGGCCCAAGGCCGAGGGAAGAGGUGGCUCUGGGGGAGACAGCUACCCCGGCCCAGGCUCUGGGGGCCCUCACACCUCCCACCACCACCAUCACCACCACCACCACCACCACCACCAGUCUCGCCAUGGCAAACGGAGCAAGAGCAAGGACCGCAAGGGGGAUGGGCGACACCAGACCAAGGCCACAGGCUGGUGGAGCUCUGAUGACAAUUUGGACAGUGACAGUGGCUUUCUGGCGGGUGGGAGGCCCCCCGGGGAGCCCGGUGGUCCCUUCUGCCUGGAAGCUCCAGAUGGGUCCUACCGAGACUUGAGCUUCAAGGGGCGUGCGGGCGGGUCGGAAGGCCGCUGCCUUGCCUGCACUGGCAUGUCCAUGUCACUGGACGGGCAGUCAGUCAAGCGAAGUGCCUGGCAUACCAUGAUGGUCAACCAGGGCCGGGAUGGAUACCCAGGGGCCGGGCCAGGAAAGGGGCUCCUGGGUCCAGAGACCAAGGCCAAAGCCAGGACUUAUCACUAUCUGCAGGUGCCGCAAGAUGACUGGGGGGGUUACCCCACGGGUGGCAAGGAUGGGGAGAUCCCCUGCCGCAGGAUGCGGAGCGGCAGCUACAUCAAAGCCAUGGGGGAUGAGGAGAGUGGAGACUCAGACGGUAGCCCCAAGACAUCUCCCAAAGCACUUGCCCGCCGCUUCGCCUCCCGCCGCUCUUCCAGCGUGGACACAGCCAGGAUCAACUGCUGUGUCCCACCCCGGAUCCAUCCCCGGAGCUCCAUCCCUGGCUACAGUCGUUCCCUCACCACUGGACAGCUCAGCGAGGAGUUUAACCAGCAGCUGGAGGCCGUGUGCGGGUCCGUGUUUGGGGAGCUUGAGUCCCAGGCCGUGGACGCCCUGGACCUGCCCGGCUGUUUCCGCAUGCGGAGCCACAGCUACCUCCGGGCCAUCCAGGCCGGCUGCUCUCAAGAUGACGACUGCCUACCCCUCCUUGCUGCCCCUGCCUCUGUCUCAGGGAGGCCCGGCUCCUCCUUCAACUUCAGAAAGGCCCCGCCCCCCAUCCCGACGGGAAGCCAGGCCCCACCCCGCAUCUCCAUCACCGCCCAGAGCAGCACGGACUCUGCCCACGAGAGCUUCACGGGAGCAGAGGGCCCAGCCCGGCGCUGUAGCUCCGCGGACGGGCUGGACGGCCCGGCCAUGGGCGCACGCACCCUCGAGUUGGCACCGGUGCCACCCCGGGCCAGCCCCAAGCCCCCCACACUCAUCAUUAAGACUAUCCCUGGCCGGGAGGAGCUGCGGAGCCUAGCACGGCAGCGGAAGUGGCGGCCGUCCAUUGGGGUGCAGGUGGAGACAAUCUCAGACUCGGACACCGAGAACAGGAGCCGAAGAGAGUUCCACUCCAUUGGCGUUCAGGUGGAAGAGGACAAGAGGCGGGCGAGGUUCAAGCGCUCCAACAGCGUGACAGCCGGUGUGCAGGCAGACCUGGAGCUGGAGGGCUUGGCCGGCCUGGCCACUGUGGCCACAGAAGACAAGGCCCUGCAGUUCGGACGUUCCUUCCAGAGGCACGCCUCUGAGCCCCAGCCCGGGCCCCGGGCCCCCACCUACUCAGUCUUCCGCACGGUCCACACGCAGGGCCAGUGGGCCUACCGCGAGGGCUACCCACUGCCGUAUGAGCCGCCGGCCACUGAUGGGUCGCCUGGCCCUACCCCUAUCCCCGCCCCCGGCCCCGGGUCCGGCCGCCGAGAUUCCUGGAUGGAGCGCGGUUCACGCAGCCUCCCCGACUCAGGCCGCACGUCCCCCUGCCCACGGGACGGCGAAUGGUUCAUCAAGAUGCUGCGGGCAGAGGUAGAGAAACUGGAACACUGGUGUCAGCAGAUGGAGCGUGAGGCAGAGGACUAUGAGCUGCCCGAGGAGAUCCUGGAGAAGAUUCGCAGUGCUGUGGGCAGUACCCAGCUUCUCCUGUCUCAGAAGGUCCAGCAGUUCUUCAGACUGUGUCAGCAAAGCUUGGACCCCACUGCGUUCCCUGUGCCCACCUUCCAGGACCUGGCGGGUUUCUGGGACCUCCUGCAGCUCUCCAUUGAGGAUGUGACCCUCAAGUUCCUGGAGCUACAACAACUCAAGGCCAACAGCUGGAAACUCCUGGAGCCUAAGGAGGAGAAGAAGGUCCCUCCGCCGAUACCAAAGAAGCCCUCGCGGGGGCGGGGCGUGCCGGUGAAGGAGCGCUCCCUGGACUCCGUGGACCGGCAGCGGCAGGAAGCGCGCAAGCGGCUCCUGGCGGCCAAGCGCGCCGCCUCGUUCCGCCACAGUUCGGCUACCGAGAGCGCGGACAGCAUCGAGAUCUACAUCCCCGAGGCCCAGACCAGGCUGUGACCCGCCCGGGCCGCCCAACCUGGCCCGGGCCCGCGGUUUUCUACCCGUACUGUACACCCAGCGUCGAGGUCACUGUGAACGCGGGCUGCUCCGUGCGCCCGCCCUGCCGGCACCGCACGCCCCGGCUCCUGCCCGCCGCACUUUCGUGGGUUUUUUACCUUCCUGAUCCCACGCAAAGGCGCCCGGGCUAGGCUGGGGGCCGUGCCUCUCCGCCCAGCGCCCCUCACUUGGAACGCCCAUCUUCCUGGUCCGACGCUUUGUCCCCACCCUUCCCCCUCCCACCAUGGGCACCAUCUCUCUGCCAUUAUUUUACACCCCACCCCCCACGGGCCAGGCCGGGCCGGGUCCCCCAUCUGGGCUCUGCGUCCCCCCCACACACCCCGCGGGGCUGGGCUUCGUGGGGAAAUCAAGCUUCGUGGCUUUUUAUGAAGAAUCCCGAACCCCGCCUAGGAGCCCGCCCCACCUUCCCAGGGCUCCACCCUCAGCCCUCCGCCCACAGGGCCCAGGGACCACAGUGGCUGGACCAACCCAGGACCAGGGCGCCUGGGCCUCUCCCCUAUCCCACAUCUGGGGAGGGGAGACAGGGGCUUCCCCUCACCACACCUGUGGCUGUUCCCACAUCCCUUUGACUAUCCCAGGAAAAAUAAAACCGCAGAACUGCACCGGA